UGGAGGCCAAGUCCCUGCAUUCUGUGACUCAAAGCAACUGGUUCCCAGAGCAGCGGGGUGGGGCGGCCAGCCUCCUUCCUGCCCAGCCCUCCCCCAGGCUCCACCAAGGUCCUGCCUGGCAGCCAAGCUCAGAGCAAAGGGAAGGACACUGCAGAGCGUGUGCAGUGAGGGGGUCCUUGUCCCUGCCCAAGCUGCAAGAAGCUCCGUGAAGGCCCCUCCUGCCCCUGCCCACCUCGCACAAUCCUAGUUGGGGGAGGAGGGGAGAAAUCUGGCGUGUGUUCACCAGGAGCUGGCAAGUGCCCUGCCCUUCCUGGAUGUGGUGAGAGAUGAAUCUCCAGCCCUCGGGUAAGCCCAGCUCCCCACCCAGGCCCACCUUCAGACCAGCGGCAGCGCUCACCCACCACGCCUGCCAGGGAAGCUCAGUCCCAGCAGAAUGCAGACAGGGCCCACUGCAUGUGCCUGCCUGUGACGGCUUGUGACAGAGCCCCAGCCAGGGCCGACGAGCUGGAGGGGCCCAAGGAGCAGGAUGCAGCACUGGGGGCCCUCCGCUCCUCCUGCACACCUUCCGCACACGUCCCUCGCUCUCCCACACCACUGGCACCAGGCCCGGGACACCUGCUCUGCUGCAGCAGAAUGGCUACUCAUCACACGCUGUGGAUGGGACUGGUCCUGCUGGGGCUGCUGGGCGGCCUACAGGCAGUACCCGAGGCCCAGGUCUCCGUGCAGCCCGACUUCCAGCCGGACAAGGUGAGGGGCUUCCCUGAGCCAUCCCCAAGGGCUACAGGGCCCUGUCAGGGGAAGGGCACUUUCCGCCUGGGUCUUCUCCCCGGGAGGAGCGAGGGAAGUCCCGCAGUGCCGGGCAGUGCCGGCCAGGGACUGAACGGGCGCGCAGGAAGGAGGCUGGGUAGCUGCCCCAGGAGGCUGACCCCGAGAGGCCCUCCCUGGGCACCACGUCCUGUCUCCCAUGAUGGGCCACGCAGACACCGGGCCACACACGCUCCCAUGCCAUCCAAACACGGCCACUCCUACGGGCACGCGACCCCCAGAGGACACACGAGCGCACAUUCCACACCUGGGUACCAAAACACGGGCGGGUGGGGCACGGGGAUGGCGCCAAAAACCGCCGUGCGCGGUGGGGGGUCGGGGGACGCGCACCGCACAGCCAGCCAGCGACGCGCGCUCUCGACCGGGAGCUGCGCGGGGACGCGCCAGAGCGCGGGUCCCCAGCCGCGCGCCCCUCCCGGGCGUCGAGGAGACUCCCAGCGGUCCGCGGAGCGAGCGGAAGACCUGCCCCGACCCCCGUCAGGAAUGCGACGUCCUCGGCCGCCCGCUGUAUCGGCCGGGCGCUCCGCCAGGGCACAGAAGCGGGACCGGGGGCGGAGGGGCCGGAGCUGGCUGGUGGGCGGCGUGUGAGAGUGAGGGACGGUCCUCGGGAGGGGCGUGGCCAGACGGGGUGCUGUUGUUAGGGGCGUGGCCAGC